AUGAACAAUUCGGUGGAUCACCACCACCGUAAAAUCGUCCGAGUCAACACACAACCAUCAUCAUCAAGAAACACGAUUCCCAACGAUCUCAUCAUCGAGAUACUUUUGAGAUUAACGUCGAAAUCCAUCGCAAUCUGUCGUUGCGUCUCGAAGCAAUGGAAUUCCUUGCUUGGCACUCCAUAUUUCACCGAAUCGUUCCUGAUCCGUUCAUCAGCUCGGCCACGCAUUCUCUUCACGUUCGAAGUAGGCGACAAGUGGCACAUCUGCUCAGCACCUCAGCCUCAAGAUCUUGAUAAGGACUUAACUGUUGUACAUGCAGAUUAUCAUAUGGGUAUCUCUGGAAAAUCUUACUACGAAAACUGUCUAUCUGUCCACGGAUUAAUCUGUCUUACCGGUAGGGUUCCUGUGAUAUGUAACCCUAGUACGGGUCAGCACAUAACUCUAUCCGAAGUGAAAGCUAGGAACAAAUCUUUGAGAAGCUUUCUCGGGUACGAUCUGAUCAACAAACAAUUCAAGGUUUUGUGCAUGACCGUGUCAACAUAUAGACAACAACGUAAAUCCAAGGAGCAUCAAGUUCUGACUUUAGGGAAGGGAGAAGUAGAGUGGAGAAAGACUGAAUGUUCGUUUCCUCAUUACCCUGAAGAUUACCGAGAUGGAAUAUCGAUAUGCAUCAACGGGGUCUUGUAUUACCCUGCUCGGUCCAACCACACUAGUUUAAUAGCAUGCUUUGAUGUUAGGUCUGAGGAAUUUAGUUUUGUGAAAUUGGAAGUCGGCGUAAGUAACAUUGUGGCUCUGGUGAACUACAAGGGAAAGUUAGGUGCCCUAGCCUAUCUUUAUGCUAGACCUGGUGAGUUAUGGGUUUUGGAUGAUACCAAGAACGAGAAGUGGUCCAAGCAUAGCUUUGUUUUGCCCCAUACAGCUCUUCAGGAAAUGAAAUCAAUAUGGGCUACUGACACGGGUGAGAUUGUUUGGGUGCUUCCUCAUUAUUCGAAAAGUCCAUUCUAUGUUUUCUUCUACAACCCGGAGACAAAGAGUGUUAGAAGAAUUGAAAUCAAAGGAAUUAAAGAAAAGGUCUUGAAGGGUCAAGAUAGCCAUGUACAAGUACAAAACUUCAACGUCACAAAUCAUGUUGAGAAUCUGAUCGUUGUCUGA